AUGAACCCUGGCUUUGCAGUGUCAGUAUGGAGUGGAGGAGUCUUCCGUCCAGUUGAGGACAGCAACCAUGUGGUGGUGACUGCUAGGCACCCCGAGAGUACCAACAACAGCAACGAGGCUGCUGCGAGCGAUGUCCACGUCGUGUUUUCUGGAGGCCGCAUAUUUGGGGCUUCCCCAAGACGCUCAGCAGCGCUGUCACAGAAUGAAUCUGCCGAUGGCGCUCCAUCACGCCAUACUUUGGUUGUGUUCGGUGACCCUGGCUCGUGCGGUGUGGGGAGCGUCGAUGCAUUUGAGGAACUGUACUCCUCUUUGGUCCAGAUAGAGGACUCCUGGGAAAGCAGAGUCUCAUGCAAUUGCCAUGAAUCAUUUCAGGGGCAUAGAGAGCAGCACAAGCAACCCCACCUCACUCAUGGCCCCUCAGCCGCAGCUGGCGCCACUUCACACGGCGUUGCCCCUGCCUUGUCAAACGGAGUAUCGGAUGCAAGCACGUCUGAGCUGCUUAAGGCACUAGGCCCCCGUCGAGCUGCAUAUGCGAGUCGAAUUAGUGCGGCGUUGUCUGGUCGAUGCCGGUGGCGCUGUCAGUUUGAUCGACAGAGCUGCGGGGUAGCGCGGCCGGCCUGCAACAGCAUACCUGCCGCAGCUUUCACCUCCCCUUCUGCUGCCUUCUGUCUUGCAUUUUACUCGGAGACAUUCGGGCUUUUGUUCUUCUGCAGAGACAAACUGGGCCUCGCCUCUUUGCUGGCGGUGGCCCAGGGCAAAGGCCCAGAUGAGCGACGCCCCAGGUUCGUCUUAGCAACAUCUGCAGCAGACUUGCGUAGCGUUGACCCCCAGAGCUGGCUUGGAAAAGGAGCUGAAGAACGGGCCAUUGAAGUUCCGGUGGAUGGGGUUUGGCUAUUAGAUUUGUGGGCUAUAGCGGCUCCAGCCAAAAAUGGUAUCAACAAUGUGCCCGUUGCAGAGGCACAGGCAUCCUUCGCUGCUGCUUUUACGCCUUUCGAGUCCACCGACGAGUCUGACAACUGCAGCGCUUCUCUUCUCGCCCUGCCCAGUGUCUACUGCAUCCCGUGGGAGCAGCCGAGCAUCCUCCGCACGACCCACAUGUGGUGCGCCUGCGCCAUUUGCGCGAGAUAUCGAGGACAGUUUUGGCAGGGAAGCGACAGUCAGUGCUGCCUCCCGCUCGGCACGCAUGAGUGCGUCUUACCGCAGGAGAUUGACCAGUCCUUGAGAAAGUUACUAGGGUGUAGACUGGAACUCGCUGGUGCGUCUUCCGUUCCUCCUGCACUAGAAGAGGCAGUUUUCCUCGGAGCUGUACAGGAAGGAGGUUCUUAUCUAUCUUCUGCCCAAGUCCUGAAGUGUCUGUAUAGAGAGCUUUUCGGGGCCGUCGCCAGGGCCAUCCCGGAGGCCCUACAAAAGAUUGCUGCCACUUCUGGAGCAAGAGCAGCGCCCUCUGCUAGUGGCGCUGCUCCUGAAACGGUCUUUGUGGGCCUUUUGUUUUCGGGGGGCGUCGACUCCACAUUGCUGGCUGGAAUGCUUCUGCGUGUUCUCGCCGCUGCCAUGGCUAAGACGCCCCCUGAAACUUCAAGAGAGCACGCACAUCAGGCGGCGCUCCCUCAGCAAGUGGUCGUCGUUGAGCUUGUUUCCGUCAGUUUUUCGGCAGAGGCGCCAGACAGGCUGACCGCGUUGCGUAGCUUCCAGGACGUGCUCGGCGUGCUGCACUCACUAGGUGAAUGCCACAAGUCCCAGAGCUGCAGAACCGAGGCAGGAGUUACUCCAUCCAACAACUCUGUCGCAGUGAUAGGAGACUGGGCCCUUGAAGUGAGGCUGGUGGCCGUUGACGUGGCGAGCACAGACAGUGCAAACUGCCGCAGUCAGCUCCUUGAGGUUAUUUAUCCAAAGCGAAGCCAUAUGGACUUCAAUAUUGCUGCCCCACUAUAUUUCUCUUCAAGAGGAAUUGGAUAUUUGGUAUCUCCCAACUUCGACAAGACCGACGAAUGGCAGCAGCUCCGAAAGGAGGCUUCUCGAGCAUUCCAAGCAGAUCCCCAUACCCACGCCUGUGAUGAGAUUCACGUGGGGGGGCAGGGGCGGCUCAGGAUUUCUGACCUAGGCAUUGAUGUGCACACAGCUUGUCCGGUACACCGUAAACCCAGGCUGCUCUGCUCCAGAGAAGAUGCAGGCGACGAAGGCGGGACAGAUGCGUACGUCGGAGGACUUUCACGCCCAGGCGGUGCCGUGGCCCCCUUCAAAUCCCUUUCUUUGCUUCCAUGUGGGGUGCAUUUGGCCACCAGCGACGCUGGGCGACCAUUUAUGGCGAUGCAGCUGGCUCACCUAUACGAAUGGUGCACUUUAGACGAACGGCGGUGGCGCUGCGUUGAUCGAGUGACAGGCACGUAUACUGUGCAGAGCACAAUAUUGCUUAUGGGAAGCGGCGCGGAUGAAAUAUUUGGUGGCUACGGUCGCCACCGAACGGCGAACUUGACGAAAGGCUGGGAAGCCCUUCGAGACGAGCAGAUUCUGGAUCUGAGGCGCCUCUGGCUUCGUAACCUGGGCAGAGACUGCCGCGCAGUCUCCGCAUUUGGUCGGUGGGCCCGUCUCCCGUUCCUCGAUGAGCAGUUGCUGAAGUUCGUUUGCUGUUCUGUACCCUUCGAACAUAUCGUUCGACCUUCAGCCGACGUGUAUGCAGCAGCAGAAGAGGCGAUGCGAUGCCUGCUUAUGAAAUCCAUAAUCCCGAUGCAUAAUGCCAGCGAGGAGAAGUUGAACUGCCUAUCGAAAAGCGGCGGACGAACGGAACUUGUAGAUGUAGCACAAGAACCCACAAUGAUUCCAACUGAUGUAUGCGCAGCGGCAGGUCACGGUGACAACAUACAAGUGGAACCAGCCGCUGAUAACGGCGAUUUGUGCUCUGGAAACAAGUGGCUCAUCCGUUUGUGCGCAGCGGUCUGUGGGCUGCCUUUUAGCGCCGCAGCCAAAAAAAGAGCCAUGCAAUUUGGGUCGCGCUCCGCCAAAGUUUCAAAUAGCGAAUAUUUCCCCAGCAAUCGCAAAGCCCGAGGAGACGCCAGUUUAGACAGUUGUGACGAAACUCCUCAAUUUUGA